GCCUCAUCACGGCUCCACCCACACUUUAAGGCCACUCUUCCCUGACAUUGACCGUGUCUGGAAAAUUAGAGGUAAGCCGAUCAAUCGCACUCACGAAGAAACGCCUCACUAUGGAUUCAGAGAUAAGCCCCGUCCAACAUACGCGCAUUGGGCCCUCCGCCAUAACGUCCAUCCCACUUACUGGUCUGCCCCAAGGAGGAGAUGUACCCAGUCCUAUCCACCCGGUCUAUUUCCCCAGGUUUCCAGAAUUGCCCCUUCCACGUGGCAAUCCGCCUGCGGACAGAACAUAGGCGACAGCGGACCCUUAGGACGGACACCCCUCUGGACCUUGGCAACCUCUUAACUACUGGGAAAAUUUUCUUAAAUGCUACGACCGACAGUAGACGAAACUUGAGUGAUAUCAACGUUAGCACUUUAUAGAUCUUUUAACAAAGACCUAUCUUACGCAGGGAGGGUUGUGACGAACCGUUUUAGCUCACUCAAGAUAUCACUCAGGUCUAAGCAUUUAAUUAAUUUAUUUACUCGCUAUUAAUCAUCAAUUUUAUUAAUUUAGCCAAUCAAGCGCUAAAAAACACAGCCACCACCCCUCCAAUCCAACCCCACCCCAUUUGGCAGCGAUGUCACAUUUUACUAUCCCCACCUUGACACGUGCCACACUAGACUCUUGACAAGAGUACGCUCCCCUUUUCCUAUCUUGGCAAACAUUCGUUGACCCCCCCCCCUUGUUGGGAGCGGCUGGUCACUUCAAAGUGCCCAUUCAACUCAACGCCUCGGGCAACGCUGUUCGUCUGGCACUAGCCUUUAUCAAGGUAUAAUCUCCCUUGAUGUACCCAGCUCUGAUAAUCUCCCCUUCAUAAUCCACCUGACCACCUGGGCUGAUUUCCUGGGCUUUCAACUCGCGCCUUCGCGCAAUGUCUAUCUCCCGGAAACUCUCGUCACGGUCAAGCGUGGACCCCCUUUGUCAAAGACGUCAAAUAGUCUAGACCACCUUUGCACCUAUCUCCCGCCACUCACCCCCCCCCCCUUGGCUAUCCACGUGUAUAUGGACAAACUUCAUCGUCCGAUCUCAUUCACGCUGGAGAGCCCACAGGGAGCACAUCUAUCUCUUGCUUGAGCUCUAGACUAUUUUCAUUCCCUUAUUUCACUUUGGAUUGGUGCUUUUAUCUAUAGGCUACACCCGCCUGAAAUCUUAGCAACCUAAAGCUGAUAGCAGAUUUGCUGGCACCAGAUCUGUAGACAUCAGACCUACUCAUCCUUCAAGAGUCCAAGUAACAACGCUAGCCACAGACUCGUCACUGGCUUAACUGAUUGGUAGACGCAGCUUAGUUCUGCAACCAUACAAGUUGGACUGCACACGGAGCCUGGAUCCACUACGCCAGCCCACCAGCAGACAGCAUCAGUACCAGCCACACCCGUCUCAUCAGUGCAGCACAAGGACCAAAAGCUAAGCAACCAGCCUAAUGACACUCAGACCACUUGGUUCUAAUAUCUGAUGAUGAUAGUCCUACAUAUGUAAAUAAGCUAGAUCCCAUACUAGCAACUGUACAGCAUUUCACCUUUCAUUAUCUUAUUUUGUAUAAUAAACUGUACAUAAGUUUACAUCUAAAUAUAGUAUUUGUUGCCUGCAUUAUAACGCUGUGCUUGUAGUUUAUAUGUGCAAGUAAGGAUUCUCAAACCAUAAAAAUCCCCUAGACACCAAAAACGGCCAAAUCUUAAUCCGACUUGUCACAAUGGGGAGCCUCGUCCGGGAUUUACCCAACUAAUACUGCAAGCACAGCAGGCAACUCCCCAGUAUUUUAACUAUCAUCAUUGUUAGAGUACAAGUCUAUCGAGUGUCAUUUAGAGCUAUUUUAUUUUCACUUAAUUUGCAUGGUUGUAAUUGUACUUUAUUUACAGGUUCUUAAGCACCAAACAAAGGAUAAUACUACCUUUCCUAUAACUCUUAAGUAAUCGCUUUCAGCAUCUCCGUCAUUGUCUCCACCUCUCACUCUACCUUCUGCCUUUUCCCCCUCGUUACCAUCCCUCACCGUCUCAGCGCCCCAUCCACCCUACCAUGGCCAGCAGCACUCGCUCCAAGACUGAACCUGACCGCAAGCAGCGGAUACCAGAUAUCAUGGACGAGGCUAAAUUGCUUAGCGACGCAGGGCGGGAUGAAUACAUUAAUAGACGACUGGCUGCUCUGGAAAGAGAGGAAGAAAGAAGAAAGGAAGAAGAAAAGGAAGAACGAAGAAAGGAAGACGAAAAGGAAGAAAGAAGAUUAGCAAGGGAGCAUGAACUAGCGAUGAAGGAAAAGGAUAAUGAAAUAGCUAGAGAAAAAGAGAAACAUAUAACUGAGAGAGAAAGAAUAGCCGCGGAGAAAGAGAACGGAGCCGCCAGUCAAGCCUCCUCCGGAUCUCGCCCGGCUAGCCCUGCCUCCAAUCAAAGUUCCUCAAACGGCCUACCCCACAUGCCAAUGGAGCACCUCGACGACAAGACAGAAAACAUCGAAGUUUAUCUCGUCCGCUUCGAAGAAGUUGCGAGCUACUACGGUCUGCCAGAGGAGAAAUGGUGCUUCCGGCUAUCCCAAUGCCUCCGAGGCAAAGCCUACGAAGUAUACUCUAAACUCCCCUCCGGCCAGCGAGAAGACUACGCAGCCCUCAAACAGGCGCUACUCGUCCAAUUCGAGCUGACUGUCGAGGCCUACCAAAAGAAAUUCAGGACAUCCCGCCUAGAGCGCCGAGAGACCUACGGUAAUCUCUGCGACAGGUUGGACAAAUACCUGAAGAGGUGGCACACUCUCAGCGAACUGCCAGAGACCUUGGACGGCCUAAUGAGCCUCAUACUCGCAGAGCAGUUGCUAGAGUGCAUGCCUAACGAUGUCAAAAUCUUUGUUAGGGAGCAGCAAGCCGCUACACCAGCCGACAUAGCUUCAGCUGCAGACCGGUACGCGACUGCCCGCAAAGACGUUAAGGACAUCAAAAGCAAGACCUCAGCCUCGGACAAACCGGAGGACCAGCCCACUUCUUCCAACAAACACGCUCAUUCUAGCCAACCCUCUCCUUUUGCUAAACCUCAGCACCAAAAAGCACCAAUCCAGCGACCAGCCACGCCUACUAGCUACGAAAGACGAAGCCACCCGCCUCGACAUGGCCAGACCAAUAACCAUCACCGUGACCGGAACAGCACGAGUGAUCACAGGCCCAAUCGACAGCAUCAGGCCCCACGUACUGUGUCAGCCAUGACUGAGCUCCCUGAACCCUCUUUGCAGCCAUCGCCUCUUGAUGAGGAAGAGGAGGACUAUUACGUCAUAUCAGCGCUGACCGUGGCUCCUGAACCCACUGCUUGUGGCCUUACCCAACCGAUACCGCCUCACCCCGCCAUAUCACCUCCUGGGGUAGAGACUAUUCUGAUUAACGGAUCUCCUGUCCAGGCACUAUUCGAUUCCGGAUGUGAGGUGAGCUCUGUCAUCAGCAAAGCACUGGUCGACCCAUCGGAUCUCACUGGUGGAUCAGUGACGGUCCAAUCUCUAGACCGUGGCAUUCCUCCGAAGGCUUAUCCUGUCGCUAGGGUCCACGUAGAAUGCAAGUACGUACAUGGCACCAUUGAUGCAGUAGUCAUGGACUCGCCAGUGUACGACUUCGUUCUAGGCUCCAGGUACAUACCUCUAGGAGUUGUCAAUAAACCAUACUUCUCUCUGCCCGUCGGUAGAACGACAAAGCAGAAAGAUGGCAGCAACCAGCCGGUUGGAAGCCCUGGUCGCCACUCUAACCAACCCUUUACUGGCUCCUCAGCCAAGCUCAAGCCGCGCCACCCUGGCACUGACACUGCCGGGAAAUCACGAGGUAAGCGUAAUAACUACACUCGUGAAGGUCCGUUUAACCCCUGCUCCUCAGCAGUCAAACCGCUCAUCCCUGGCACUGGCACUGCUAGGAAGUCACGAGGUAAGCGAAAUACCUACACUCGUGAGAGUCCUUGUAACUCCCGCUCUUCAGCUAUCAAACCACUCAUCCCUGGCACUGAUCCUGCCAGGAAGUCACAGAGGAAAGUGAACUUUCACUCUCGUGAAAGUGGGCCUCAUCACGGCUCCACCCACACUUUAAGGCCACUCUUCCCUGACAUUGACCGUGUCUGGAAAAUUAGAGGUAAGCCGAUCAAUCGCACUCACGAAGAAACGCCUCACUAUGGAUUCAGAGAUAAGCCCCGUCCAACAUACGCGCAUUGGGCCCUCCGCCAUAACGUCCAUCCCACUUACUGGUCUGCCCCAAGGAGGAGAUGUACCCAGUCCUAUCCACCCGGUCUAUUUCCCCAGGUUUCCAGAAUUGCCCCUUCCACGUGGCAAUCCGCCUGCGGACAGAACAUAGGCGACAGCGGACCCUUAGGACGGACACCCCUCUGGACCUUGGCAACCUCUUAACUACUGGGAAAAUUUUCUUAAAUGCUACGACCGACAGUAGACGAAACUUGAGUGAUAUCAACGUUAGCACUUUAUAGAUCUUUUAACAAAGACCUAUCUUACGCAGGGAGGGUUGUGACGAACCGUUUUAGCUCACUCAAGAUAUCACUCAGGUCUAAGCAUUUAAUUAAUUUAUUUACUCGCUAUUAAUCAUCAAUUUUAUUAAUUUAUCCAAUCAAGCGCUAAAAAACACAGCCACCACCCCUCCAAUCCAACCCCACCCCAUUUGGCAGCGAUGUCACAUUUUACUAUCCCCACCUUGACACGUGCCACACUAGACUCUUGACAAGAGUACGCUCCCCUUUUCCUAUCUUGGCAAACAUCCGUUGACCCCCCCCCCCCUUGUUGGGAGCGGCUGGUCACUUCAAAGUGCCCAUUCAACUCAACGCCUCGGGCAACGCUGUUCGUCUGGCACUAGCCUUUAUCAAGGUAUAAUCUCCCUUGAUGUACCCAGCUCUGAUAAUCUCCCCUUCAUAAUCCACCUGACCACCUGGGCUGAUUUCCUGGGCUUUCAACUCGCGCCUUCGCGCAAUGUCUAUCUCCCGGAAACUCUCGUCACGGUCAAGCGUGGACCCCCUUUGUCAAAGACGUCAAAUAGUCUAGACCACCUUUGCACCUAUCUCCCGCCACUCACCCCCCCCCCCUUGGCUAUCCACGUGUAUAUGGACAAACUUCAUCGUCCGAUCUCAUUCACGCUGGAGAGCCCACAGGGAGCACAUCUAUCUCUUGCUUGAGCUCUAGACUAUUUUCAUUCCCUUAUUUCACUUUGGAUUGGUGCUUUUAUCUAUAGGCUACACCCGCCUGAAAUCUUAGCAACCUAAAGCUGAUAGCAGAUUUGCUGGCACCAGAUCUGUAGACAUCAGACCUACUCAUCCUUCAAGAGUCCAAGUAACAACGCUAGCCACAGACUCGUCACUGGCUUAACUGAUUGGUAGACGCAGCUUAGUUCUGCAACCAUACAAGUUGGACUGCACACGGAGCCUGGAUCCACUACGCCAGCCCACCAGCAGACAGCAUCAGUACCAGCCACACCCGUCUCACCAGUGCAGCACAAGGACCAAAAGCUAAGCAACCAGCCUAAUGACACUCAGACCACUUGGUUCUAAUAUCUGAUGAUGAUAGUCCUACAUAUGUAAAUAAGCUAGAUCCCAUACUAGCAACUGUACAGCAUUUCACCUUUCAUUAUCUUAUUUUGUAUAAUAAACUGUACAUAAGUUUACAUCUAAAUAUAGUAUUUGUUGCCUGCAUUAUAACGCUGUGCUUGUAGUUUAUAUGUGCAAGUAAGGAUUCUCAAACCAUAAAAAUCCCCUA